GUGUUUGUGCCCGGGUGCCAGGGCGGGGCCAGGGCAGGGCUUCGGCGGUGCUGGCAGCAGGACAGGACAGUGCGGGCAGCGAUGGGCGCUGGGACGGAGCCGGCAGAGGCGCGUUGUGACCCGUCUGAGGGGAGGGUGUACCUGGACCACAACGCCACCACCCCGCUGGCCCCCGAGGCAGCCCAGGCCGUGCAGGAUGCCCUGAGCCAGGCUUGGGGCAACCCCAGCAGUGCUCACCCUGCAGGCAGGAAGGCCAAGGAGCUGAUUGGCAGAGCCAGGGAGAGCCUGGCACAGAUGGUGGGGGCCCGGCCUGAGGACAUCGUGUUCACCUCGGGGGGCACGGAGGCCAACAACAUGGUGAUCCACACUGCUCGCAGGCACUUCCUCGAGAGCCAGACCGGGGACAGCCCGGGGACACCGCACAUCGUGACAUCCAGUGUGGAGCACGACUCCAUCCGCCUGCCCCUGGAGCAGCUGGGCAAGGACAGCCUGGCAGAAGCCACCUUUGUGCCCGUGUCCCCGCAGAGCGGGCGGGCCGAGGUGGACGAUGUCCUCGCUGCCAUCCGGCCCAACACCUGGGCCAGCCCAGCCCUGGAGGGCAGUGGGUGUGUACCGGAGCAGGGGAGGGGCUGGCAGUGUCCCCAGGUCACAGUGCUGUCUGUCCCACAGUUCUAUGGCCCCCGCAUCGGUGCCCUGUACGUGCGCGGCCCCGGCAGCACGGCCCCCCUGCACCCCCUGCUCUUCGGGGGGGGACAGGAGAGGAGCUUCCGCCCAGGCACUGAGAACACCCCGAUGAUUGCUGGCCUGGGCCAGGCUGCAGAGUUGGUGAGCAAGAACUGGGAGGCCUACGAGGCUCAUAUGCGGGAUGUCCGGGAUUACCUGGAGGCCAGGCUGGAGGCCUCCUUUGGGAAGGAGAGGAUCCACUUCAACAGUCGCUUUAAGGGCUCCAAGCGACUCUGCAACACCUCUAACUUCUCCAUCCUGGGACCAGGCCUGCAAGGGCACAGGGUGCUGGCUCACUGCAAGGUGCUGCUGGCCAGCGUGGGGGCCGCCUGCCACUCGGACAAGGGGGAGCGGCCCUCCCCGAUCCUGCUGGGCUGUGGGAUCCCCCCCGCCGUGGCACAGAACGCCCUGCGGCUCAGCGUGGGCCGGCACACCUCGCGGGCAGACGUGGACCUGGCGGUGCAGGACCUGCUGCAGGCGGUGGCACAGCUGGAGCAGCACCACGCUCCGUAGCCCUGGGCACCCUCCCGGCCAUCACCCAGUGGGCACAACUCCUCCUGCCAGCUCCUCCUGCUCCUCAAGGAAACAGUGGUCGGGGCAGCUGUCACUGUACCAGUGCCUGAGGAACCCUGUCCCCCUGACACCGGGGGUCAGCGACGUGGGAGGACGUGGGUGUCACACAGACCUGGGCUGGCUGCUGUCAGGGAACCUGCUCUCCGGGCUAUUCAUAGGAAUAAAAGUAAUUGCUGCUGCUGUGGCUUUUUCCAA